AUGUUCUCAUCGAAAGAUCUCCCUCUCCAGACGCAUCAGUCUCAAACUUGGACAGCAACUCCACCACCACCGUCUAUAGAACCAGAAACUCCCCCUAGACAAACACAACCGCUACCACCUACACGCCCACCUCCACCUUCUAUUCCUCCAAAACCCUCGUCCAUGUCUAAUCCCACGCAGUUACAUGGCAAGGUAACUCUUGCAGCAGAGCCAUUCAAAUUCAAAGGAGAAAAGGAACAAUUCAUAGCAUGGCGCCAAGCACUUCAGCUGUACUUGACUGCCUAUACAUCCUACUUUCCCGACGAAAGAACGAAGCUCAUCUAUCUCCUAUCCAAAAUCAGCGAUGUCGAUGAUGAGAACUGCUGUUAG